AUGUUAGACAAACUAUCCACGGAAAUUCUCGUUCUUAUUUUCUCCGAGCUUACGGAAAGACGAGACUUGACAUCAGUGUGUCAAGUAUCCAAACGCCUUCACUCCGUCGCAUCCUCAGUGUUGUUUCGGUCAAUUGCUCUCAAGGCAAAAGAUUUGGCCCUUGAUCGUGUUGCGGUGGAAGGGAUUAUCGCCACUCACCGACAAACCGGUGCCCUCCACUACACCAAGGAUAUCCACGUCUCAUCUCCAUUUCAUGGCCGGCUCGAGAAGCGAUGCCUCCACUACAACACCUCAAGUGCCUGUGGUGAUGAUGAAGAUGGGUUAAAUGAUGAUGACCUUCAAGAGUCUGAGCAUCAAGACAAGAAGACUUGGAUUGAAAACGACGAUGCAGCUUUUGGAAGGGAUGACUUUUGUCGAUUCAAGGAUAGAUUGAUGGCUGUUCUAAUAAGAUGCAGGGAGGGCAUGCUUGAGAACUUCACGUGGCAACUCGGCACCUGUGUCCCUGAAGAAAUCUUAGGUAAAAAUGGCUAUCUACCCUUGAAGCAGAAAAACCUGAAAUCUCUUCGUUUGAUUACCGAUGCUAGUUGCGAAUGGAAUGGAUAUAACCUGGCACCAUUCACAAAACUCACAAGUCUCUCAUGGCAUGGAUUGCGACCUGACAUAGAUUUCAUAUCCAUUUGGAAGUGUUUUAGUGUCUGCUCACUCCAGCUGAUCUAUCUCGAUCUUGACUAUUACUCUCAAAGCAGAACCGCCGCUCAUGGAUUUGAAAUUUGGGAUGAUGGUGGCUAUGAAAUGCAGAAGAUAUUAAGACCACUCUCAGAAGGGGAGCAACUAUUCUUUCCAGAACUACGGGGCCUUUCUUUAUCAGGAAUUUCACUAUCAUUCGCAGAAGAGCGGCUGGAGUCAGCCUUUGACUUUCAAUAUCUUCGUUCUUUAAAACUCAGGUUCUGCCCUGGUUUAGAAGAACUCCUUGCGCACCUCCAAUCCGCGGUCGGAGCCAUGUACCUGGAAAAAUUAGAAAUACAAACAUCCAAUGACCACUUCAACGAUGAAUUAGAACUGGCUAUCCCAAACUUUCUUGAUAUCAUCGAAGGCCUCCAGGAGCUUUUUAUAUCCACAUGCCAUCCCGAUGAUACGCUGCCGAUCUGGUGCUCAAUAUUCCGGCACCACCUUACGCUUAAGAACGUUAUACCGCAAAUGCACCCGUCGACUCGGAAUAAUACUCUAAAAGUUUUACACAUCCGACAGUCCGGUCGGGACAUAAAAGCCUCUAGAAAUUGGGGGGUUGAAGAGGAAAUGGAUGCGGAUGAUCUGGGCAGCAUUAGUAGCAGUGAUGAAUCUGACGAUGGGGAUAAUAUCUCUAUACCCUUUCAUUCCAACGAUCACGGUACCGUUGCCAAACAAAUGUGUCCUAACAACAAGAAUGCCGCCAAACCUGUUUCUACCAACGAAGAGAACAUGGCCGAACGUAUCUAUCCGAAUGAAGCUUCACAGGAUCUAGACUUUCUUGCACAAUGGGCAUUUGGAAAAAAGGGUUACCCAUCUCUCCAAUUGCUCGCGUUUGGCGACUUCUCUUUCAAUGGGCGAUAUUCGUCGGAAAAUGUGCUGCUUUGCCGGCAGCAGGAGCCUGGCACAUCGAGGGGCAAGAAAUAUCGGCAUGUCACCAAGGACGAUUCUUUUGCACUACAUUUAUUCCGACAGUACUCUCACGUCCUACAAGCCUGUCCCUCCGAUCCCGUGUAA